AUGGAUGCUGAAAUGUCCCGUGGCGCCGAGUGCGCUACCGCAACCAACAUGGAUGACAUUGCGCAGAACGUACAAUUCUUGUCAGAAAAGGUUCUGCAAGAUAUUGCCAAAGGUCAAUUAGUCAAGCUUGCCUUGAAUUGUGACGAUAGCCAGAAGGUGGACCGAGUCUGGCAGUCAUUGAUUCAGACAGUUUCAACGCCGUCUCUGUCUAAUCAGCAUACAGCGGCAGCGUGCAAUGCCGUCUCAGCCUUCCUGGAUGCUGCUGCAACUUCCAAAAUUGAACAGACAAAGCAAUUGGCUCUCUCGUCAGAGAACUGGCUUGCGGUGUUUGAAGUAUUUCUCAGCCGAUAUGAAGAUGCGAAACCGAAGCCGCUCAAGCAGCUUUUGGGCUCAUUGAUCAAUCUUUUGGCCAAGUAUAUGCACGGGCUCAAGAAGGUUGAAAUACAAAAAGCAGUGACGGAUGCGAUUAUUCCAAGUAUCGUGCUCGGUGAGCCUCGAUCACGAUUGAAGGGUUCGCUGGUGUGCUUUGAGCUUGCAAUCCGCAAAGGCGCCAUCCGCGGCUCUGAUUUCAUCUCUUUGCUACAGAGAUGGCUCGGUGGGAACCGUGAAGGAUGGGUGCAUGUUUUUGAGAAUACCCAGGAAGCCCUGUCUCUCAACACCUCUGAAGACCUUUCCGGCCAGCCAUCCAAGGAGCUGGCAGCAAAGGUUUUUGUGCUUGGCCUCCUUACCCAGACGAACAGCCGUGAUUUGUCCGGAUCAUGCGGAAAUGUUCUGGGUGCUCUUUUGCAGAAGUUAAAGACUGAAUGUUCGGAGUGGUCAGUUUCCGCUAUCUGGGUUGCCCCUGUUCGGUACAUGAUGCUUCAUAUCGUGGAUAACCUGGAAGCCAUGUCGAGCCAAAUCCUUCAGCCAAUCUUCUCGGCUGAUCCUACUGGCUUUAUGGCCUUUGUGGAAAGCCUGCCCCUUAAGAGCCUUCUCGCAGGUGACAUGACCGAAGCCGAGGAUAAAGAGUAUAUUCUACUUUUUGCUGCUUUGCAAAUAGGCAAGAAGACUAAUCUUGUCCACGAAGAUUAUGAUGGCUCGAAGCCAAGUGAGUCCAAGCGUGGUGCACCGCAGAAAUUGGUGCUUAAGAGCGAGGUUCUGGGCAACUUCCUGCUUCAUCGUGAACCCAAUAUCCGGAUCGCGGCCUUAUCGCUGUUGGUAACUGCGUUCUCGACCAUCAAGCCAUUCACAUCAGCUGCCACUGACUCAAUUCUACGUGGCCUGCCGUCCAUGCAUGCCGACUCUGAUUCUUACAGCAGAGGCGAAAUUAUGAGUCUUACCAGGAAGCUCAUCAUCCGCCUCAAGAGUGGCAUUCUCAAACAAGAAGACUCGGGGGUAUCAGCGAAGGGGCCUUCUAAUCUGCCUUCCGGUUUGGUGAAGAGCGAUGAUGAAACAAUGACCUUCCUACGAAAAUAUAUCAACUUCAUUGCAGGCGAUCUUGUUGUGACUGCGUCGUACCCACGACAUAUCAGUGCACUUAAAGCUCUGAAGCUGUUGCUCGAGUCCAAUCUGGACCCUCGCACAAACAUCCCUCCAGCGAAGUCCGAGGUGGAAACACGCUGGAAGUUCCACAUGAAUGUCUUCGAACCGCGACUGCUCCGGCUGCUGGUGGACCUGCUUCUUGAUCCUUUUGAAGAAGUGAGGCAUACUUCUCUGUUGAUCAUAAAUAUUUUCCCUCAGACGAUAUUGAUUCACGGCUUUGAAGCCAUCGGCAAUCACUACCCAUCUGUGUGCAUGCGCUUGACGGAUGCACUGGCCCGAGCUGAGUUUACUGCCAGCAAUACUAGUCGGGCUGACCAUGCGGAUACGGUUGCUCGCCUCUAUCAUAUCUUGUUCUGCGCUGCUCUCCCGACUAGCGCAGCCUCGACUGGUGCAGACUGGUGGUCAACAAAGACGUCAGUUGUCCACACCAUCUUAACCAAAUUGGAGGAGCGUCUCUCAUCUUCGAAGGGUCUCUUCAACUCAACUUUACGUGAAGCGCCUCUUCAUGGAUACAUGUCUGGACUAAGAUAUAUUGUGUUGAUGCCCGACUUCCAUACCCUUCUAUUGAAUGGUUCGGACAUUGGUGUGUGGCGGUCAAUCCACGAUCGUAUCGUAUCUAUCUGUGAUAGAGUAUGGGAAGAGGUGAAACCUGUUUUGUGCAUCGACUCUCCAGAGGGUCAUACCGACGAUCCGAUUGAAGAUCUCGCUGUUGGACCAAAGGACAUCCUCUCUUACUCGUGGAGAGCUCUUCGGGAGUCCAGCUUACUCCUACAUGCUACCAUGUUCAACACGACCUACGGACCUGAUGGCCCGAAUGGACUUCAGUGUGCAGAUUUUGAAAAGGUCGGCCGGGCUAGCUUCACCCAACUUGCCGAGUUGCGACACCGUGGCGCGUUCUCUACUGUCUCACAAACAUUUGCCACCUGCUGUGAACGGUGCAGCAAUUCGAAUGAUGCAUCAAUCCGAGAGCUUCCAAAGGUUUGGUACAAAGAGGCUAGAACCACGAUUUUUGAGUCGGCUUCCAAGCUGACUCGACGAUCAGCCGGGUUGCCUGCGCUGGUUACGGGUAUACUUUGCUCUUUGCACCGAACUCCUUUCUUUAAGGAGGCCAUGGAUGACCUUCACGAUAUCUCGCAUCUUCCUGUCGAAUAUAAUAAGGAGCAGCAGUACUUGGAGCUCCCCCAGGUCCAUGCUAUGAACUGCUUGAAAGAUAUCUUCACCAACACGAAGCUCGGUCCCUUUACUGAGCCAUUCAUCAUGCCCGCACUUACCCUCUCUGCUGAGCGGCUCGGCUCUCCUAUUUGGGCUCUUCGCAAUUCCGGUUUGAUGCUCUUCCGUGCUCUGCUCACCAGGAUGUGUCGUAUGGUUCCUGGAGCUGUAGCUGGAUUCGGUGGUGUAUCGGGGUCUGAGCCUGGAUCGAAGAUCUCAUUCCCCAAGUACCCCGGUCUGCUUGAGCUGCUAUCCAAGCUCCUGGCACCAACCGAGGGCACAACUGCUCAAGAGGGCACUGAUAUUAUCACCGAGCGUAUCUUCCCCGCCUUGGAGUUGGUUGGAGAGAAAGUUCCCACUAUCGGAGACGACUAUGACGCGAAGCUAUGCAAGCUUGUGCUAGCGCACUUCCACAGCCCAGUCUGGGGUAUUCGAGAGCAUGCUGCUCGUGUCUAUUCAUCCCUACUGACUAGGACGAAUAUCCUCAAAGACGUUGAAACUUUGGUCAGCCUCAUUCAAGAGAAUGUAUCUGAGAACUAUAUCCACGGCGUAGCUCUCUGUAUUCGGUACUCUCUCCGCCGCUUCGCCGCAUCAACUGAUGCGUUCUGGACAAACCACCUCCAGGAUCUUCUUGUAACUCUGCGGAAUGUAUUGGCGACGUUGCUCUCAGCUGCGAAGUCUCCUUCCGUUGCCACCUGCGUUAUUGACAUAUUGAAUGAUACCAUGGAACGAAGCAUUGCAGGUCAAGCUGAAGACCAAAUCAUUGCAUUUGUUAAUGACAUCUACGACCAGCAUGACCUUCACGGAGUCUUGAGCUACAUCUUCGACGCUUCUCACCCGGGAUGGAAUCUUGUCAGCCGUACUCGCGCAUGUGCCCUCCUCCGAAGAGCCCUUGCAUGGUGUACCUUGCUGAAAAUGCUCGUUUCACAAGAGUGGACGAAAAUCGCUGAAUUCUACCACAGCGUCUCCCAAUUCGACGCCGAUGCUGGCAGUUGGAUUCUAGAGCAAUUAUCGGAAUAUUUGGCUGGGGAAAUCAAGUACAGGAAAGCUUUGAUCGACCUGUACUCUCAUGUCAUCCAGGGUGAUCACCCGGCGGAUUCCAAGACAUUGGCCGCUUCUAACCUGGCCACUGUUUUGGAGGAGAUGCUAGCCACCUCAGCAGACGGCAUAUCCGAGUUCAACCUUCCGUACGUGGAACUGGAGAAGUGUUUCAUGGCCGAGCUAGACUAUCAACGGUGGAAUCGGCAUGCUACGGAUGCAGAACUUCGUCUUCAAGGAUGUCUUCUUGCUCUUCGCGCUUCUUCAGUCCCGGGAAAGUCCCUUUCUCAUUUGAACAACAACCUUCAACGUUGGGUUAUCAAGUUGCGAUCUGCCUUGAGCGAGGAAACAGAGUUCACUACUCGAUACGCAGCCGUGGCAUCUGUUCAGAGCUUUUCUAAGGCUCUACGUCCGCAAGGCGAUUCAGCACGCACAGAUGCAUCUCUGCUAGAUGUCUAUCUGGUUCUUUAUGACAUGCUCAACGAUGACGAUGAGGAACUACGAGAUAUUGCUGCAGCCUCUGCAUCAUGGGUGCUGUCCUAUUCCUCGGUAUCGCCCACAUCUGCCCUUGCACUCGGCCCCCUGAAUGCAAGCGAACUACUUGCAACUUUCAUCACUGAUCACUACUCCGACUCUGUCUACUUUGCUCGUCGUGUUAUGCGGUACCUCACAGGACAGGAGUCUCGCAUCAGUGGAUCUGACAAUCAAUCGCGCCUCGUGCCAGUGUCCGUUCUCAUGGCACAGCACUGCCAAGAAAGUACCGUCUUGUUUGUUGAGGAGAAGCAAAACCUCUUCAUUGACGAAGUCCGUGAAGUUGAUAUGUGGUCUCGCGUGAUCUCACAAUUGAAGCGAAAUGCCUAUCCCGAAACGUUGAUACGGCAGAUCUCCUGUUGGGUUUCUGAAGGAUUAGACCACCUCCUUGUGCUUGUGAAUAAGGCUUCCGGUUCAGAUGGGCUACUGGGCUGGACUUCCAAACCCGAGUCGUUCGCUUUGGGAGUUCGUGUUAUCAGCAUUGCUGCAUCGCUUUCUUCGCAAAAGUUCAAUGUGCCGGAAGCUCUGGAUGUCGAACAGGCCGCUUUGCGAAAGCAAAUACAGGAUCUAUUUGAUGCUGGACAAAAGGCGUCUCUCCACGAUGACUGGCUCUCGCGAAUGCAAGUUGCAUUGAACAGUGGUAUUUCAAUGGAACAACAAAAUUAG